AUGUUCCAAUCUAUCUGCCAGGGCCAACUUGGACUUCGUCAUUAUGGACAGCAGCUGCGCGCGGUUGCUUUGAAGCGUGACGGAUCAGGCGGGAUACUUAACUGGGGUACUACCCCAGCUACACCUAAGUCAUACCAAUGCCCAGGCCACUUCCAGGCGAACCCUGACUAUCUGAACGACUUCAUCGCUGAAGACAACGGUUCCCGGCUAAGGCUUGUCACGCGACAAAGCACACCAUUGACUUUGCUCACCCUCCCUGAUUCUAUCCAGGGCCGCAUCUUCAGCAUGGUCGUACAUCCCAUCGAGGGUACACCCAUCGAUCUCGACCACUACACGAAAUUUAAGUGCGGGCUCGUCCACAUUAACAGACACUUCUACCGCACUUGGCGCGACAAGUUUCUCUUCGACAACAAGUUCGUGUUGACCAUGAGCACAAAGCAUAUACAAACGACAUUCGACGACUUCAACAAUCUCCGGACUUUCCUCCGCAAGACCUACAUGCCCAAAUCGCACUACUCAAAUGGAGACCCAGACACCAUCACCGCGAGGAUCGUCAAUCAGGAUAAGGUGCAUCGACAGCCCGGUCCAUCGUACGUUUUGAGAUUUGAACUCGACAGCGCAAUCUCACUGGCCGAUGUGCGUAUCAAUGCGUUACCACUCGUCAUGGAGACAUCAACUACGCAAGCAUCAAACACAGUCACAUUCCAAAUUUGGACGACGCCUGGCACUGACGGACCGGCAACUAUGACUGCGUCUCAUACCAUGACACUCCAUCAGCUGCGACUCAAAAUCGUAUUAGCGAUCAUGCGCCACGUGUAUUCCAUUCCGUUGUACAACCGAGACGAACUCCCAGAUUUCUGGAUCAACGGCUUCGGAGACGUCGUCCCGACUCCUCCUCCUCCUCCUCCUCCUACUACUACUACCACUACCACUACCACUAACACCCGUGUACCAUGCGACCCCACCGGAUCCUGGCACCCAGCCUCCUCACUCAUAUACAACGCCGACUGGGACGAAGACAACUAUUCCAUCUCAGAGCUCCAUCCCAUCGACUACGUCUACCGCAACAACGGCUGGGGAUUCCAUCCACAAUGUGUGUAUCCGGAUAGUAUACAUUGGCAACUUUUUCCGUUUUGUAAGAGGACGAAGGAGGUGUUGCCGUAUCUUGUCCGUUGUCUGGAUGAGGCGGGGUUGCCGGAUGACGAGGACGGGACUUUUGGACAGUAA